UAAAAUUACUCGUACAAAAUUCCUCCAAGUCUCAUAAUUUUUAAUUUUCACACAAUAAAUCAUAUCAGCAAUUUGCAAAAUAUUAUAGGUCUGCCAAGCAAACGACUAUGCAUAAACUGUCCAGGCCGAUCACAGACUCACAUUGAUACGCAUAAAACUUCUAAGCUAGCUAGACAGAGUCCGUGGCAGCAGUGAACAUGGUGAGUUUGAAACUCGUGAUUAGCACAGAAAAAAGCAAAGUGCUAUAUGCUGAAGCGGGCAAGGAGUUCGUGGACUUCCUCUUUAACAUUCUGGCCCUGCCGGUCGGGACUUUCAUUCCACUUCUCAAUCAAGAAAUGGAGGGCAGCUUGGGAAACAUUUACGAUAGCAUUCAAAAUAUAAGUCCCACUUACCUCAAACCAAACGUGAAAGACUCUCUCCUGACGCCCAAAGUAUACAUCUCUGGUGAUACUGGAGGGCUUCUCCAAUUGCCAAACGUUAUAAAGUCAACACACAGGAAAUUGUAUGGGUGUAGUAGUAGCUGCUUCUCCAUGUCCGAUGAUUCCGAAACAAUCUGUUGGAUCCAUAGAAGAUUCACCGAUUCUGUGUUAAAAUAUAGAGGCACACCAAGCUCAAACAAUCCAUACUUCUCCAGGGGUCAAACUGAUGGAGGGUACGUGGAAGAGUUGGUUACGUACAUGGUGAUGGAUGAUCUGGCUGUGGAACCAUUGUCCAGUACAUCUUCUAUUAUCAGUCUUCUUGACAAGUUUAAUGUCAAAAAUAUGGGAACUCUUGAGGAGAAAGUGGUUGAAUUGGGCAUGGAUGAGGGUGUGAAAUUGCUCAAGGCUUCUCUGCAGUCAGAGAGUGUCCUGACUGAUGUUUUCCUCCUGAAGUCUGAACGAGAAGUCAACCUAGAGAUUUAAUUUCUAGGUGCCAAAUUUGUGCAGGAUUGCCAAAACUUUGUUAUUUUGUUGCAAAGAAGUUUUAAAUGUCAGUAAAAUCUGGUGUUGCAUGAUAUAUGUAACUUUCUUGAAACUCUAGGUUGUUUCUUUCUUGGGAAAAUAUCUGUUGGUCUUGAAUCUGUUUUAGACUUUAGUCCUGAAAUUUAAAAAGUUCUCGUUUAACAAAAUAAAAAAAUUUAUCAAGUUCGUUCUUAAUUUCCUUUACAUUAUAUUGCUUGCUUGCUUGGUUAGCGGGAGUAUUGAUGUGGUUUUUUUUUACAUGGUCUUUAAAACAUUCAUGGAGAUCGACGUCUCAAUCUUGGUUGGAGGGAGAAAGAAAGAGGUAGUUGUAAAAGAUCAAAAUUCUAUCUCGAUUAAUCUUUAUUUUUAUCAGGACGGUGAUGGUGCGAUAAAGCAGUGGUGAUGAAGCUCAAACCGAAAAAAGAUAAGGAUUUUAAUGAGAGAGAGAGAGAGAGAGACAGAGAGAGGCGUCUGAACUGAUACAAAACUAAGGAGUAAAUGCUAUGUAACUUAGCUCCACAAAAUUUUCAUAACAAUUUCACAACAAAUUUUAGGUAGUACCGAUUCUAAUAUGAGCUCACUCUAAAAUUACUUUCUUCCCACUAGUAACUGCCACACAGUUUGUUGAAUUUUUCCUGGUUUUGAUAUAAACUUUUUCCUAAUAUUAUAUAUAUAUAUUAUAAUAGUUUUUAGACUAUUGCUUUAUUUGCCUCUUCACUAUGGAAAAUUAUUCCCACUCAGAGAGGGGUAAGCCUCAUGAGAGGUGGGUGUUCAGUCAUAUUUGAGUACGCUCCUAGAGCAUGCAAUAACAGCCCCUCUCCACUAAAAGGAAGCUUUUUUCUCUUUCUUUUUAAUAUUUUUCUCUAAAAUUGGCUAAAAGAUUAAAGAGGUUUACAAAAGGAUCUACGUGCUGAUACUUUAUAUUUGCAAAAGAAACGGAAAAAAAAAGUUACAGAAUUUGCGAAACCCUUUUCGUACAUGGAAGAAAAAGAAAAGCAAAGAGAUUAGUCACAAAUUCACAAUCAGCACUUUUCCAAGUCCUCGCUGACAAUGAACCGUGGUUCACUAUUCCUCGCUUUUUUUUUUUUUUUCAAGGAUCUCAACCCUGGAUUUCUUAAGCUCUAAGUAUGUUCCGCCAAGCAACAUGAACAUAAGUUGUCCAGUCAGUGUAUUCGAAAAAAAACAAGGUUAGACAGAGUCCAUGGAAGAAACCAAUGUGAGUUUGAAACUUCUAAUAAACAGAGAAAGCCGAAGAGUACUUUAUGCAGAAGCGAGCAAGGAUUUCAUCGACUUCCUCUUUCACAUUCUGGUCUUUCCGGUCGGAUCCUACAUUCCGCUUCUCAAAAAGCAAGAAAUUGUGGGCAGCUUCCAUAACAUUUACAAGAGCAUUGAAAAUUUAAGUAGUGCUUACCUUCAACCAAACGUGAAGAAAGAGACUAUCCUAAACCCCAAAGUACACAUCGCUGAUGUUACUGGUGAUGAUGUCCCUCUCCUAUUGCCAAACAUUGAAUCAUCCACAUCCACUAAAUUCUAUAGGUGUGCGAGUUCCAGCCUUGGCUGUGACGAAUAUGUGGCUUAUGACUUCAGCGCAAUCUGUCCUUGGUGCGAGAGUGUUAUGAACUGCGAGGUAAGUUUCGUAGACUUACCAAGCGCAACGAAUAAAUACUCCUUCAGUGAGAGUGGCUACGUGAAAGGUCUGGUUUCGUACAUGGUGAUGGAUGAUCUGGAGGUGAAACCCAUGUCCAUCGUCUCUAGUACUAUCACUCUGCUUAACAGGUUCAAUGUCAAGGAAACAGCGGCUCUUGAGGAGAAAGUGGUCUAUUUGGGCAUGGAUGAGGGUGUGAAAUUGCUCAAGGCUUCUCUACAGUCAAAGACUGUUCUGACAGAUGUUUUUCUCCCAAGAAUGGGAGUUGAAACAUACGGUUCUGAAUGAUGUUUUUCUCUUGAGAAUGAAAGUUGAAACAGGAAGUCAAAUAUAGGACCUAAGUGCAUGACAAGUGUUCUGUGGCAUUGCAAAUAUAAUGUUGUUAUUAUUAUUAUUAUUGUAGUUAGAUUUGUAAUUUGGUUGCUGUAGCAAGGAGGUUCCCUA